UUUUUUUUUUUUUUUUUUUUUACUUCGGAUUCCCAGUUUUUGGCACGGUGGAUGUAUGUGUUGUUCCCAAUGGUGCUGAUAAUCGGUGUCUGUGUGUUCGAUCUCACGUUCGGACACUCAUUCGCCCCUUCCCUGCUUUUCCGAGAAAAGCAAAAGACCAGCUCAUCUUAUCUUUCACCGUGUAUGGUAGUAUGCGCUGCACACUCACACAUCCCGAUAUAGAUAUGUACAUAUCCUCCAAAUCGACCCCAGGUCACAAGACCCCAGAGAUAUAUGUACAGACCACAGUCUGGUUAAGCCUUCCCUGUCCAUAGGACAACCUCAGAAAACCAGAGCCAGCCUUGACCCAUCCAUACCCAAACUCAAAAUAAGAAAGAGUAAAGAAAGCGUCGCUGAUGUCAAUCGGGACUUUGGUCUUGAUUCUUUCUCAAGCUCGAAGAAUUAGGGUUUCUUCGGUUUACAUAACUUAAUGCAGGACUACUGAGUUAGAGUAGGAAUUCCG